UGUAUUCAACUAACCUAACAGUCUGGAAAAAAUUUCUUUGUGUAUUUUCUCUACCAAGAAUCCUAAAGUUGGUUGGUUUGGUUUGCUUCUGUGCCUAUCCACGAACCCUGAGAGACCGAAGACCCUAGAGGAAGGCAGACUCAAGUGUCUGGGGUGAGGAGGUCCUAGAUGCAGUCAUAGAUGAUCCAAUUACUGUGGUCAUUAGGAUGGGUUUCAUUGAACCAGCCCUUUCCAGUUGCUUCUCUACCCUGAAACUCUGUGGUUUCCUAAGUUAAGUGUGGUUUUCCUAAGUUAAAAAUCAACUAAUUGUUCACUGGAGGUAUACUCGGGCUGCUUAAACCUCCUGAGAUCUCUAGGGAGAAGCCUGGUAUUGUUUCUGAUGCACAAACAAGGGGAAGUGAAAGCCAGAGUGGUUAAUCAGAAAGUAAAUUAGGGAAAGUUAGAGCCUGAAACUUGGCUCCGAUUCACCAGCUACCAAGGUGACUGUCAGCAUGAUGAGAAGCCAUGCCUGUUCCAAUCCAAAGGGUGAGAAACUGAUGGUGUCACAGGUACUGGCUGGGUGUCAAGAGUUCCCCGUGUGAUCUCUGGUCUGAGAACACUUGUCAGUGAGCAUUCUACUGGAUUAUGUGCCUCUGGGAAGCAGGGCAUUGUCUCUCUAUGAACUUCCCCAUCUCUGCCUAGGUCUCCACCUGUAAACCUCCUUGGUAGAUGUAUGUUAUGACGUCCAACUCACAGAUCAUCAAGGAUCCUCCCGGUAUCUUCUCUAUCAUAGUUUAUGACACCAGAUCUUCUGGGCUAUUUGGGUGAAUGUGUCAUCUCUGAACUCCAGUUGACCAGUUUUCAGUUCUAAAUAGAACAUCUUUACAUCUGUAUGUAUUUCAUACUGCUUACUAUUUUUCUAUUCUUUUUCAAUUUUUUACUUUUUUAGAGGAGUUUGGAGAAUGUUGUUUCUGUUGUUGCUGCAGCUGUUGUUGUUGGUGGUAAUGGUUUGUUCGUUCGUUUCAAGAUUUCCCAUUUUCAUCUACUUCUUCGGGAGCUUCUGCAUGCUGUUUUCUAACUUCAAAGAGGUGGAGAAUGCUCAGGGCAACACACACAUUUGCUUUUACAGUCCUCUUCACCUAUUCUGUUUCCUGGAACUCGCCUUGUAGAUCAAGAUGGCUUUGAACUCGCAGAGAUCAUCCUGCCUCGACCUCCCAAGUUCUGGAACUAAAGGCACAUGCUACCAUGACUGGCUCCUCUUUGCCAUUUUGAUUAAAAAGAUUUCCCAAACAUCCAUUCUUUGUAGCUUGCUUUUUCUGACUUUUAUGCUAAAGACUGCCUCAUGAAUUAUCUGAUUACAAUAAUAUUGAGCUCAUCCUCAGUGAAGCUUUUUUUUUCCGUGCAGAGUUUGAACACAUUUUGAGGCAUUGAUGCGCCACUAUGGACCCGUUUUGUGGCUGUGGCUUUGCUAUCUGCCUUGCUAGGCAAAGGGAGCUGGGUCCUCUUAUCUGUACAUGGUAAAGUCUGAGCUUCUGACUUUCCAGUGAUCGUUUUCCUCAGUAUUUUCAUAGAGUUUUCCUUCCCUGUGCCUAAGCCAGUAAGUGGGAGCAUCCCAAUUCUUAUUCAAGGAAGGGAAAAGCUUUUGGUAGUUCUUUGCUGUGUCCAUAAAAACAGUUUUUAGCCCCAAAUCAUACGUGCAACACACAGCUUCUGUUUCAAAACAUUACAACAUUCCAAACAUUACAACAGACAAACAUUAAACACUCAAGGGCCUUGUCCAUGUCCCAUCGCCAAGAAGACAUCGUCAAUGCAGGUUUCAUUUUCACGGAUGGAGCCUUACUCUUCACUUUGUUUUAAGUUGGUGUGUAAUACGUGUAAUACUAAGACAAGGCACAGUAGUGUGGUCAGACGGGGGUCCUGAGAGGAAACUGAAUGCGUGGAAUAAACAACUUAGCAUCUUCAAAAGGCAACACCAUUUCUACGAAAAUGGAAAGACUGUAGUGUUCAGAGGCUGAUUUCCUCAUCCUGAUUUUUUUCUCUUGCUUUCACAUUUCUGUCUUUUAAUAAUCUAGAACUUCCUCACAUAACACAUAACGAGAAAUACAUAGAGUGUUUUUCCUAUCUUUUUAGUUUGCUUUCCCCCUAUUGUUUAAAACGAGCCCAAACCCAGCUUUUUUUUUUUCUAGGUACUAGGACAUUGUUUAACAACAACACAAAAUCGGCAUUAAUUUAUAUAGGCAUACAGAUUUACAAACUUAAAAUUUUAUUUUCAUUCUCAAAACAUAGGGUUUUUAAUAGCAAUUUAACAAGAAUCAUAAGACGAACAGAAGAAAUGAGAGCUUCUGUGAGGAAAGGAAGAAAUGAGUUUUUGGCAAUGUCAGAGUUCAUCAAAUAAAUUUUAAAAACACUUUCAAAAUAGAUGCAGAAUAGGAAGAAUUGUGGCUCACAAAGACAUCUACCUGCUCUUCCUUAGAUCCAUGGAACAUCAAAAUUGAAGUGUCAGCUAGAAUUGAUGUUAAUUAGCUAAUAUUAAAACAGGGGGUAACUCUAAUUAUUCAGGUUCCCUGGUAUAGUCACUAGGUUCCUGUAAACAUUGGGGAGGGGAGUAAAGAAUCGCUGAGUGUUCUCUUUAGAGAAGACUUGGCCAAAUUUAGAAGAUAAAGUAGGCGACCAUGAGGCCAAGGACCUUUGACAGAGUCUGCAAUUUGGAAAGGCAAAAAGAAAAGUGUUAAUCCCCCUGUAGCCUGCAGAAAGAAGGGCAGCUCUGUCGAAGCCCUGAUUUUAGCCUAACGAGACCCAUGUAGAACUUUUGGUCCAUAUUACCUAAGGAAAAACAUCUAUGUUGUUUUAAAGCUCUGGGUUUGAGUUUAUUUAUUAUAACACUGGUAGGAGAUCAGUGCAUGUAGUUUAUGACUUGGGAAUUCUAUCCAACUGUGGCUCUAAAGAAAACUGAACUAAAUGUACAUUUUAGCAAAGAAAUAUCACAGAAUGUUCAAUUACCACUUUUAUUGCCCUAAGCCUGAAAAUGGCCCAAAUACCUAUCACCAAGAAAAUGCAAGGACAUACACACUCUACAAUACUCUGUAUGGUUAAGGCUGAACAGGUGCACGCAACGGUGCGGUGACUGUCACAAACAGGCUUCUACCAAAGCUGAGCAAUGGGUAAGGACCAAGCACACCGCAAAAUUCCAUCUGCCCAGCAGCCCAUCCUGUCAGGAGUUGGGAUGACCCUCGAGAGUGCUCGAUGGCGGGAAUCCGCUAGCGAUGUUCAGCCUCUUGGUCUGGGUGUUCAUUACACAAGCUUAAUUCAUGAAUGUAUAUCGAACUGUGUUCUUGCAUGUGCUUUUCUUCACACAUGUUACACUUCUGCCGAGGGAUGGCAACGUCUCUACACACUUUGUGCCUUCCUUCACGGUCUGUUUUGUGAAGUGUGGCUGCAUGAGGACGGUGGUUCACCUUGGUCUCAGUGCUUAUGAGAUUCCCAUUGCUCCACCCCUGCUGGACUCCCCCCUCAUCGCUAUGGGAGUGAGGAAGUCUUUGUAGUCCAAGCUUUGAUUUGCCUGAUGAAAAUUCAGAUGAACCGUUUUCAUGAGGGUCUGCUGCUGUUUAGGAGCAGGAAGGCACAGAAAGCAAAUGGUUUGACAUCUGCAAAACCUGGGUUUUCCCCAUCCAUUGGUCACCACGCCAUUCCAAGGAGCCAGGACUCAGGGUUCAGAAUGCCAGUGUAUUUUGUGAGGGUUUCUCUGGAAGGUGAUCUUUCUGAGCAGUACUUGGUGAGGUGAUACUAGGAACAUUUCAUUCCACGAGAGGAUUCAGCAUGGCAUUUGUGGAAAGUGUGCUAUAUAUAGUGAGUUUAGUGUGCCCUCCAUAUGGCACACAAUUUCCUUUUGUUUAAAUAUCACUACCUGACUGCUACCAGCUGCCCAUGCAACCUUAGGUAAGCAAUUUGUUUGUGCAAAGUCCUACUCUCAGAGAAAAGUACACACAGAAAGGACUCCUAUCCAUUUAGCACAAACUCUGCCUCCGUGCUGUUGCCGAAGAAGCAGUGACAUUGUUUUAGAAACGGAGACAGUUAAGGUGUUCAGACUGGAGUUGGGACUUUCCUUGAUGCUGUCACUUGGGCCAGUUCUGCCUCAGUGGGCUGUUGUGGAGCUGUGUGGUGCUUGAGAAAGGCUUAGUACACAGCAGUUGCAGGGAGCAAAAGAGGUUAAGUUUACCCAGGGGUCCAAGCUACUCUGGCUGUGAUAAGUGGGUUUGAGGGAAUGGUUUGGAUGCCAAAGCCUUCAGAGGCUCACCCUCCAAAUAAGGAGGCUUGGCGUUUGCAUAUAACUUACCCACACACUCCUAUGUACUUAACACCAUUGCUAGAUCAUGCACAGUACCUAAAACAGUUCUCGCAGGGCGUUGCGCAUGGGUUCAGAGCAGUGCUUGGCACGUGGCACACUAAAGUUUUGCCCUAGGUUUGUAUGCACUGUAUGAGUGGACCCGGCAUACGUGCUCUCCCCUGGGCACCCUGCCUCUUACUCUCUCUGCUCGACUGUAUUUUAUGGAUUUUGAAUGAUGGGAUGUGUUUCAAUAUUCUUACUGACUGUAAAUGCUAUGUGAUAUUCACAGCCAAGGAAAUACUCAUGUAUGGUUUCCUAUUGAGGGGUAUUUAGGGUCUUGUGACAUUUCCUCCACUACAGGUAAGUUCUAUAGUGAACAGAGCAGGGGUUUUGCACAUGCUGGAGUUGUUCUGUAUGUCUAAUACCUUUUGGAUCAUAGCUAUCUAGAGCAUUACCCCGGUUCAGCUUUAUCAGACAUUUCCAAGUACUUCAUGGAGUAGCUGGACCAACCCCCAUGGUUUCAUCACUUUGUAGGUUUCCAUCCUACCUCUGAUCUCUCUCCUCAUUGCUUUCAAAUACUGGUGUGCGGGACAUUUUCUUUUAAUACGCAUUACCUUCCAUUGGUGGUUUUGUUUCAUAUGGUUAUCAUGUCUCUGCAUUUUCCCAGUGUCCUUUCACAAUUGUUUUUCUCUGAACA